CCCUGCUAAUGGCAGGGGAUUUUGCUCUACCGGACACGCACGCCUUUCUUCCUCCCGGGCUACGGUUAAAGGCGGAGGAACUUUGGGUUUCUGUUUGGUUUGCAACUUUGCAACUUGAGCAGGGUCCGCUUGUUGUCGGCGGCCGCCCGGUCUUCUUUGCGCGCGCUCGCGCCCCGCCGAGGAUGCCCAGGGUGAUGCUAGAAGGAGCCCGGAAUGCCUUAUGUGGAUCGUCAGAACCGAAUCUGUGGGUUCCUGGACAUUGAGGACAAUGAGUCCUGUGGGAAGUUCCUGCGAAGAUAUUUCAUCCUGGAUACCCAGGCCAAUAGCCUUCUGUGGUACAUGGACAAUCCCCAGAACUUGGCUGUGGGGGCCAAAGCAGUGGGAUCUUUGCAGCUGACCUACAUCUCGAAGGUCAGUGUGGCUCCCCCCAAACAAAAGCCAAAAACACCCCUCUGCUUUGUUAUUAAUGCAUUGUCUCAGCGCUAUGUUUUGCAAGCCAAUGACCAAAAGGACCUGCAGGACUGGGUGGAGGCACUAAAUCGGGCCAGCAAGAUCACGGUUCCAAAGGGUGAAAGUUUCCCUCCAACUGCAGAAGUUGUCAAGCGUCCCUACAGGACUGAGAUCAUUGGUGGGGUGGUUGUGCAGACGCCAAUCUCAGUCAACCAGAAUGGAGGGGAUGGCUCCGAAAGCGGCGAGCCAGCAGUGCAUCCUCUUCUGAAACGGUCCCAGAGUUACAUCCCCAGUACCAAAACGCCACCUGGGCCACCCGUCCUCAAGAGCGGCUACUGUGUCAAGCAGGGGAAUGUGAGGAAGAGCUGGAAACGGCGGUAUUUCACCCUGGAUGACUUUUCCAUCAGUUACUUCAAGUGUGAGCAGGACAAAGAGCCGUUGCGAUCAAUCCUCCUGAAGGAUGUGCUGAAGACUCAUGAAUGUCUAGUGAAAUCCGGUGAUCUUCUAAUGCGGGACAAUCUCUUUGAAAUCACAACGAGCUACAGGACCUUCUAUAUCCAGGCCUAUAGCCCUGAGGACAUGCACAGCUGGAUCAAGGAGAUCAGUGGGGCUGUGCAGGCCCUAAAGAGCUGCCCUAGGGACUUGGUGAGAUCUGCUUCGGUGAACAAGCACGGAGGCCCCAGCUCAGCCAUGCCUCCCAUUGAGAGGCUGAAGCAUCUGGGAGGGGAGCCCAAGGCCUCUGCCAAAAGCCCAUCGGCCUCGUGCUGGCUACCUUGGAUGCCGGUGCCACAGUCGGAAGGGAAGCCGCAGCCUGCAGCAGAGCAGAAGGCUGGCCUGCCAAAGGACUCAGAGUUCUUUCCUCUGUUUGCCCAGCGAGAUGCUAGAGCCACGCAGGGCGGGCGUCUCCGGCACAGGUCGGAGCCCCAGAACUUUAAAGAGCAUCCAUUUCCCUUUGACCUGGAUGACGAGAGCAUCCGGACCUCGGAUGUGUGACUGUGCACUGCAAAGCAGCGCCUGUCGAUGACAGACCAUGUUGACGCUUCCCUGGUCCUGACACAUGGAUGUGUUGGGGCAAAUGCUAGCUAGCUUGCACAUGCUUAGGAAGCUGAAGCUGGAGCUGGAGCAGUCACUGUGAUGUGAUGACCUUAAAUGCGGGAAGCACAUGAGAUGCAACCUCCAGCCCUGGAGUCAUUCUUUGCACAUUUUCAGUGUGAUUUGGUUCCUUCUCAGAUGCCUUCCCAUGUAGUAAAGGAGAGACCACCUUUGCCAAUCAGCUAGAAACCUGGUAUGGGUGUUCUCUCUCUCUCUCUCUCUCUCUCUCUCUCUCUCUGUGUGUGUGUGUGUGUCACUCACUGGAGUCAUCUUGACCUCUUCUGGCAAUAUGCCCAGGUACACCCCACUGUUUUUGUAGCAGCACACUGGUGGUCUGGCUUGCAUGCUUGAUCUGCAGAGGAGUUGAAGGCAGCACUCCUAACUUCUGUGGGAAAGGACUUUGAGGGUUCUUCUAUAAUUGUGGCUUUUGAAGAAAUCCUGUGGAACAGUGUUGGACUGUCAGUUUCAAUGUGAAUGUCUAACUCUCUAGCUCUCACAGAAACCUGUGUGUGUAACAGAUGCUCUUCAUCUUCAGUGAGCCAUGCUGCUGAUGUGGGAAGGCCAUACACUCUUUUUGUCAAGGUACAAGGGGUUGGAACAAAGUGGAGUUCCUGGAGAGCUUUUCCUGCAGAAGGGAGCAUAGGAAGCUGACUUAUCCUGAGAGAACUUGUCCAUCCAGGAUUUCAGAGAGGGGCAUUUCUCUCACCCCUACCUGGACAUGCCAGGGGUUGAACCUGGGACCUCCUGCAUGCUAGGCAUUUGAUCCAGCACUGAGCCAUAGCCCUUUCCUACACAGCAGCAUCAACUGCAGUUGCACAGAAGGUUGGGGCAGGGGGCAAAUAAAGCAAGGUUAUGGCAGGGAUUCUUCAAACUCUGGUAUGGGGAUAUUCUGGUGAUCUGCAGUGUGUUCAACUGGCUAAAGCUAUAUUUACACCAGCACAGGCAACCUAUGACCCUGUAGAUGUUGGAUUCCAACUCCCAUCAGCCCCAGCCAAUUCAGUCAAUGGUCAAGGAUGAUGGGAGUUGAAGUUCACCAACACCUGACUGUUCACUGGUUCCCCACCGCGGAUUUACACAGUGUGCUUUCAGCUGGUGUGUGAGACCAUUAUAAUAAUAGUAAAAAACAACAACAGGAAAUCCAUAAAGAACUUUUCCAGAACUGGCACAACCAAAAACUCAGUUGCAUCUAAAACCAGGAUGCUUUCUUGUGCCACAACAGUCUUAGCUCAUCUAAUUCAACGAUGUCUAUAUUAUUUGUCAGUGGAUCUCCAGGACUUCAGCCAAGAUCUUUCUACUCCUACCUGGAAAGGCCAGGAACUUCAAUUGCCUGCAGAAUAUGUUUGCCGCCGCUCUUUCCUCCACCCUGCCCUGCACUCUGAUGCAUCUAUAGGUAAAGGUAAAGGUACCCCUGACCGUUUGGUCCAGUCGCGGACGACUCUGGGGUUGUGGCGCUUAUCUCGCUUUACUGGCCGAGGGAGCCGGCGUUUGUCCGCAGUUUUUCCAGGUCAUGUGGCGAAACCAGAGCAUCGCAUGGAAACACCGUUUACCUUCCCACCGGAACGGUACCUAUUUAUCUACUUGCACUUUGCUGUGCUUUUGAACUGCUAGGUGAGCAGGAGCUGGGACCGUACAACGGGAGCUCACCCCGCCGUGGGGAUUGGAACCGCUGACCUUCUGUGAAUGCCUCACUGAUGCUUAUCAGGCCCAAGACUAGCAAGACCCACUUGCUGCAGGAGGCCUGCCCUAGAUGGCGUUUGUGCAACUGCGCUGCAGCCUAGGAGAUUUAAUUCCUAAGAUUUUUUAACAGCCUUCCUUGUGUUGCCUGGAGUAUGAAGAAAUACAGAGAAAGGGCCAGACAGAAUGUGAUAAAAGUCAGUGCAACAGAAUUAGUGUUCUAAAAUUCAGCCCUUGGCUCUGGCUUCCUAAAUGAGGACUGUCACACACAAACAAUCUGGUUGCUAUCACAGCCACACCAUGCAUUUACAGCCCUCUUGGAACACUUUAAUAGCUUCCUCCAGAUAAUCUGGGAACUAUAGUUGGCCAAGGAUGCUGAGAGUUAUUAGAAGACCCCUUAGGAAAUGACAGUUCCCAGGAUUCUCUGGGGGGAGGGGUGCCAUGACAGUUACAGUGGUAUAAGGAGUGCUUUACAUGUAUGGUUUGGAUGUGACAUAGCUGCAUUAAGUGAACUUCUUAGCUCUGAAUGUCCAGGACAGAAGGAAAGUCUGUCCUCACAGUGAGGACUAGCUCCUCUUUAAACGUUUUCUUCUCCCAUAUUUCCAGGUCACAAUGUAGUCAUCUAAAUAACGUUUGCCUUUGCAAAGGGGUGGGGUUGUGAUCAUUUCCCACCCUAAAUUGUUCCGGGUGCCUGACUAAAACAGAAAGCAAAGCAAAACGCAAAUCUAGCAAGGAAAAAUUAAACAGGAUUUCGCUAUGCAAAGACUACUCUCAAACAGUGUGAACGUCUGUGGUCAGAAUAUACUCAGGUAUGCUCCCUUUUUAUAUGGCAGGUUUUUCAGGAGCACAAAAAGAUAUUUAUUUGUUUUUUGAGUGGGCUGUGAUAACUUGCAUCAAGCUAGAUUACUCCCCCCACCCCUUUUAAUGCCAACAUUAACCUGGAACAGAUUCUGGUUAAUAUAUGAAGCAGUAAGGAUACAGAGAAUUAAGCGUGUGUACUGCACAAAAAAAGAA